AUGAUUUCUAGACCGUCUCUCGCGAGACCUGCGCAGCAGGCUCUCCGCCACUCGAGCUGUGCUCGCACAAUCUCGGGUCGCCGGUUCGCCAGCGCUGCUGCUGGCUCCGGUGCCUUCGAGACCUCCGACGUUGGUGGUGUCAAGGUUGCUGCGAGAGACUCGCAGGGCCCUACGACCAAGUUGGCCAUCGUGGCCAAGGCCGGUACCAGAUACCAGCCUCUUCCCGGACUGGCCGCCGGUCUUGAGUCCUUUGCUUUCAAGGUACGAUGCGAAGCCGAGAUCCAACCCUUGGAAUCAGCUGUAACGAAGCAAUGCGCUGACACGAAUACUGCAAAGCGCUCUGGCCUGCGCAUCGUCCGCGAAUCCGAACUCCUCGGCAGCCAAUUGACCGCAUACCACACCCGUGAAGCCCUCGUCCUCGAGGCCAGCUUCUUCCGCGAUGACCUUCCCUACUUCACGGAACUUCUCGCAGAGGUUGUCUCGCAGACCAAGUACACUACGCACGAGUUCCACGAGGAGGUUCAGCCCGUCCUCCGCUUGAAGCAGUCCGCCACCAGCGCUGCCGCUCUCGCUCUCGACUCUGCCCACUCGGUUGCUUUUCACUCCGGCCUCGGCUCCCCCGCCAACCUGACGCCCUCGAUUCCCAUUCAGCCCUACCUGAGCGAGUACGCCGUUUCCGAGUUCGCCCAGUCCGCCUACGCCAAGUCCAACAUCGCCCUGGUUGCCGACGGUGCGUCCGCCGCGAACGUGAGCAAGUGGGCUGAGCAGUUCUUCAAGGCUGUUCCCUCUGCCUCCUCCGGAAAGCUGGCCCUUAACACCGCCGCUACCAAGUACUACGGUGGUGAGCAGCGCACCUACAGCCCCUCUGGCAACUCUUUGGUCAUUGCCUUCCCCGGCGCCACCAAUGGCCAGGCUUCUCCCGAGCUUGCCGUGCUCGCGGCCCUUCUUGGUGGCAAGUCGAGCAUCAAGUGGUCUCCUGGCUUCAGCCUGAUCAACAAGGCUGUCGGCUCUGCUCCUGGCCUGUCCACUUCCACCGUCAACCUCAACUACUCUGACGCCAGCCUCCUUGCUGUCCAGCUUUCGGGAUCGGCCUCCGCCGUCCGCACCGCCGCUCAGGAGGCCGUCAAGGCUCUUAAGAGCAUCUCUGAGGGUACUGUCAGCAAGGAGGACCUGACCAAGGCUAUUGCCAAGGCCAAGUUCGACGCUCUCGAGGCCACCGAGAAGCGCAGCGGAAGCAUUCUUCUCGCUGGAUCCGGACUUGUCCACAACGGCAAGGCCAUCGACGCCGCCGAGAUUGCCAACUCUAUUGGAUCCGUCACGGCUGAGAAGCUCAAGGCGGCGACGAAGACGCUCCUCGAGGGUAAGGCCAGUGUCGCGGCUGUCGGAGAUCUGUACGCUCUGCCGUACGCUGAGGAGCUUGGCCUUCGGGUUUAA